AUGAUUAUACGGCACAUUCACUUUGCAUCAAUACUACUAUCGUUUGCGUUAGCAAUAGUACUGGGAGUUUUAACAAUCCUUCAAAACCGUCACAAUGUAUACCAUCUACUAUAUUCAGUAUCAGGCUUCGUUCUAGCGGCGUACUACGUGGUUCCUGUUGUUUAUACGCACAUAAUUACCAUCUCAUUUCAGUUCAUGAUAUCAUUGUUCAACAUAAUAUCUGGUAUAUUGUUGAUUGUUCAUUUCCAUGAUACUGCUGUUACAAUUUUAUUCACUGUCAAUAUUAUCUUCAUUUCUUUACCAUUAACUAUGUUACUAUUUGUGGUUUAUAUAGAGAGCAACACAAUUGAUAGUGGAGUUACAGAUACAGUUUCCAAAAAGGCUUCUGAUGCUACAUUAUUUGAUCACGAUUAUGCAUUGGAUAAAAAUUGGAUUGAAAAGUACGGAACAGGUGCUCAAAAUUCUCAUGUAUUACCUUACUCGAUUUCGACAAAUACGAUACCACAAGCUCAAUUACAACAAAACCGCACUAAAACCCACGAUACAUCAUCCCUCAUAAAUGUUGACGAUCACUUUGAUAUGCUCAGCCUACAGAAAAGAGAAGCCAUGCGUGAUGUUAAUACGAUGAAUAAGCAGAAAAUACGAAUGCAAAGAUGGAGACUGAUCAACGAUGAGAAGCAGUUUAUGUCGCAUAUAAAUGAGUCGUUACUUCCACCGGUGUUGAGAAACAACAAACGGGUUUCGGAAGACAAUGAGGGAGACAUGCAGGGAUUGGAGCAGAUUAGUGGAUUUAAACUGAAAAAAUUGCGUUCAACUAUCACAUUGGAUGAAUGGGACCUUGAAGAAUACAAUAAAACAAGAAAAAUUUCAGGCUAUACAAUUGUUCCCGGUGUCCACCACAUCGUGAGUGAUUCGAACUUGUACAAAAAGACCCUUGACGUAAAUGAAGAACAGUUAUUACCACCAAAGGAGAGCCCGGUGGACAAUAUCGACCAUUUGAGUGACAUUAGUACCAAUAAGCCAUCGUUAGAUAGAGAUUUUAGCUACCCAUCAAAUCAGAGUGAGUGUGCACCAUCCCUCCAUACUUUUAGAAAAGAAAGUUCCAAUUCUCAAAAUACACAAUUGAGUGACAAUGCCAGUAAGGAUCAAAUCCAGGCUCAAGAAAUUUCGUCAUAUCCUUUACCGGAACCCACAACACCACCACCAUCGAAUGAACUGUUGGUAAACUCCAAAAACAAUUCACCACUCAAGAAGUUUCUAACUGACAGCCCGAAAAAGAUCUUCCGCUCAAAUACAGCGGUCUUCCAUCAACGCCAUAACCAUUCAAGCUCGAUUGCAUCGAAUUCAUACUCUCUAAUGUCAGGUGUUUCCUCUAGAUCAAGAUCGUCAUCGCCAAAAAAAUUGAAAUCGUAUUUAAAGAUUCAUAAACAUAGUUUGAGUGUGCCGAAUUUUGCAAUAAACAAGUCAUCAUCACAUCAUUCAAACUCGCAAAUUCCAUCUCCUCAACAUUCAGAGUACUUUUCUGUUAAUUCAACCAAGCUUAUUGAGCCAAUAGACUUAUGGGAGAUACAGACGACUAAUUUUACUUUUGAUGAUGCAGAGGAGCACUCAUCAUGUGAAUCCAGAAUUGAAGGUGAUGCAGAUGGAGCAAAUGAUGGGUCAAGAGUCAGCUCAUUACCAAGUCAAGCUAUUGGGGAAUACGAUCGGGAAAAAUGGAGAACAAUUAAAUUGUGUAAAGAUGGGGAGACGGUAGAUAAAUCAUGUGUAUAA